AUGGCAGCUAUCCGUGCUGUCUGGGAAAAUGCAGGUGUCAAGCAAGAUACUGUGAGCAAGUGGCAGUCCUUUACAGACUUAGAGAAAAUCUUGUGGGAGUUGGGCAUGCAUCAGGCCAUGUUCAAUCCCAGUACACAGGGCCUUGAUGAUGAGUGUUUUACAUUUGGAAUGAGGGAUCUUGUGCUCCAGCAUGCUCCCUCUACCUCUUUUGGCUCACCGAUUGCAAUUCUCACAAUGUCUGAUCUAGAAAAUGCCUUUUUCUCCACUGACCUUGCUCCAGAGAGUCAGGAUCAGUUUGCCUUCACAUGGGAAGGCCAACAGUGGACCUUUACAGUAUUCGCUCAAGGGUAUUUGCACAACCUGACUAUCUGUCACAGACCUGUGGCAGAUGACCUGGCUAAGUGGCCACAACCUCCAGAGCCACUUGCAGCCCCUGUUAUAAAUGAACAUACCAAUGCCCAGCUACAUGACCUGGUGAGAAGGAUGCAUCACAGGACAGCCAUCUACAAGAGGAGGUUGGCAAAAGGAGACCUGUCCUCCCCUAAAUUCAACUCCCAAACUGCAAAACCUACAGCUGUAUUGUCAAUAAAAGAAAGCGCUGCUCAGCUUAAAGAAGAACAUUAUUGUGGCAUGUUGUGUGGUAAACCCCAGGUGCCUCUGACAGAGUACCCAAGGCAAAUCAGACUUCCAAGAAGCAUAGAUUCACACACAGAUCAACUCUAUCUCCUGUGGCUCUUGCUUGUCAUCACUGCCUACAACUGGAACUGCUGACUGAUCCCAGUGUGCCUGGUCUUUCUAUAUCAAACACUGAACAACAUGUGGUACUGGCUUAUGGUGGAUAUUGUAUGUGAUGUCAUCUACCUUUGAGAUGGUAUGCUGUUAAUCCAGCCCAGACUCCAGUUUGUAAAAGGAGGAGACGUAAUAUAUAUGUCAUUCUUUGUGUUUAAUCAUCUCCUGGAGUCAAUAAUGGACAAGGUAUAUAUCUACAGAAUCAUUCAAACAAGAGGAUACUUUCUGUUUGCUCUCCAUGUGAAUGCCUGCAUUUAUUACUGGGCAUCAGACUAUGGAAGAAUUGGAACUACUAAAUGGGUGUAUAAUGGUGAAGGAAACAAGUGUCUAAGGUGUUAUUACUGGGCAGUUCAAAGUUUGAUUACCACUGGGGGCCUUCCAGAAGCACAAACUUUAUUUGAAAUCAUUUUUCACUUGCUGAAUUUGAGGUGGGGUUGGAUUCUGUAUUCUCCAGUUUAAUUGAUCGGUCAAAUACAACAUGUCAUUUGGGCAGUGACAGCCAAUCAGAAUGGCUUCUGGGUCUGCAUUUAAAACACCAUCACCUACAUGAACACUUAUUCCAUUCUGAAGAUUGUGCAAAAGUAGGUUCGGGCUUGAUAUGAAUACACCUGGGACUCUCAAAGGAUGCUGGAUGAAUCAGACCUGCUUGAGACCCUGCCCACCAUAAUGCAGUUAGCCCUUGCAGUGGAUAUGAACUUCAGCAUUCUCAGCAAAGUCGAAUUGUUUAAGGGUUGUGAUACACAGAUGCUUUAUAAUAUGUUGCUAAGAUUGAAAUCCACUGUCUAUUUACCUGGUGAUUUUGUCUGCAAAAAGGGAGAAAUUGGCAAGGAGAUGUAUAUUGUGAAGUAAAAAGAAGUCCGAGUUCUUGGAGGCUCUGAUGGUGCUCAAGUUCUGGUCACUCUGAAAGCUGGAACAGUGUUUGGAGAAAUCAGUUGGGGGCUAGUGAAGACUGCUGUCAUGCCUAUAUGGGCUGGGAGAUCAGAACUAGUCAAAAAGGAGAAUAAAGGGUCUAGCUCAGAGGAGGAAGUUUUAUGUGAUGCAGUGGAAGAACCAGCUAUGAAAGUUUUGCCUAUGGCACCACCCAAGGACCUGCUUCGUAGCUGUUGCUCCUUACUUCAACUCUGGAAGAGUUCCUCCUCACAGGAUUACCAAGAGAGACAAAAUUUAGACAGAUAUCCUGUUAAGGCCAUGCGACAGUGCCUUCAACAGGCAGCAGAGGCUGGGGAUUUAGAUGCCCUUUCAGCCUUUCUCAUUAUACUAGCUUAUGAAAAUGCUAACAAAGACUGCAGGACCAUUAUAGGAACCCUGCGAACUAUCACCAAAGACAUCAGUGAGUUUAUCAAAGCUUGCCAAGAUUUCGGCACAGAGCAGCAUAAGGCUUCUCUCUUGGCUGCUGCAAUUAAGGGAGAUCCCAGGUGCUACAAUUGUGGAAAGCCCAGUCACCUAUGCAAGGACUGUUUGUCCACAAUGGAAAGGGGAAAGAGUAAUUACAAGCUUCCCCUAAAGGAUUGUCUGCGCUGUGGCAAGGGCAGACAUUGGGCAAAGAAUGCCACUCUAAAUUUGACAAAAAUGGCCAACCUAUUCAGGGAAACUUCUGAGGGGCACCCGCUCCAGCACCCUCAACACCAAUCAGAGCUUUCAGAACAGCAAUCAAUAUCAGGGAAUGCAGGGAAAUGCACAGUUUUCAACCUUCAUGCAGCCACCUGCAGAAGCGCAGGGCUGGACUUGGUCACCACCAAUGAGCUCAUCUUAGAGAACAGGAUCAAGUAA